CCCACAUCCAUCCAUCCACAUGUGCGAAACUGCUUAACGCUAGCUGCAGCAUCGACCGCCAACGCGUUGUUCGAUCUAGGAGUAGCCAGACGGCCGGCCGGCCAUUUUGUUUCCAAAUUCCAAGAACAGACAGACAGCCCCUCGAUCGAUACCCUAUUCUGUUUGGUUAGUUUUCUCCAAUCUCGAAGCUCAUCCCGAUCGAUCGAUCCAUCUCCCACAGAGUAUUAAAUCUCGCCCCCAGCAGCAGCUAGCUAGCGCGCCGCUAGUGCGUGUAGUGACUAGUGACACUGUUUGCAAUCUCUGUCUGCUCGAUCCAUCUAUUCCCAUUUCCGCCUAUUCCGCCCCGGCUGCAAGUAGUAGUCAAGAUGCUGCACGAGGCGGCUCCAUGCACGUGCGGGCUGCUCUACGGCAGCUGCGGCGGCGGCUGCUCGAUGCUGUUCGCCACGGCGGCGCCCGGGGACUACCACCACCACUACUACAGCAACAGCAAGCAAUGCGGCGACGACAGCGGCUUCAACGGGUCGUCGUACGGCGGCGGCUCGGUCGACUGCACGCUGUCCCUCGGCACGCCCUCCACCAGGCGCGCCGCCGAGGCCGCGGCAGGGCUGCCGUGGGAAACGGCUGCCGUGUCCAGCUGCAACGGCAACGCCAGGCAGGAGACCAUCGCCACGGCACCGCGCACGGAUCAUCAGAGCGCUAAUAAUAACGCAUCCGCCGCUCGCCGGUGCGCCAACUGCGACACGACUUCCACUCCGCUCUGGAGGAAUGGGCCACGCGGACCCAAGUCGUUGUGCAAUGCGUGUGGAAUCCGGUACAAGAAAGAGGAGAGGCGGGCUGCCGCGGCGGCGGUGGCGCCGACGGCGGCAGGGCUGGCAUCGGACAGCGGGAUGGAGUACGCCUACGGGUACGCGCGGCAGCAGCAGCAGCAUCAACAGCAGCAGUGGGGUUGCUACGGCCCGGCCGUGGCGAAGGCGGCAGCGUCCUACGGGAUGUUCGGCGACGCGGCCGUCGCGGAGGUCGACGGGCCUUGCCUGCCGUGGGGGCUCGGCGUGAUGCCCUCUUCGCCGGCCUUCGGAUCCGUCCGGGAGAUGCCAAGCCUGUUCCAGUACUACUAGCCUAGCUAGCUUAAUUAGCUCUAUAGAUCCCUCUCCUCUAGCCACACCUUCUCUUUUCCUUUCCUUCCUUCCUUCUCCCCUUUUAAGUAACAAGAAGAUGCUGUACUUCUUUUUGACGGCACGCAAGAUGCUGUGCUUGACCAACGACCCGGGGCUAGCUGCAUCAAAGUUGAAGCUCAAAUGGAUCGAUAUUUCUUUCUUGA